CACAAGGCCACGCGCAUCCAGGAUGGAAGGAUACGCCGUCGUGAGAAGACUUGCCACCACGCGCACGGGCCAAGUCCUGCUGUGCACAGACCGACAGACUGGCACCCCCGUUGUGGUCAAGCGCGUGAAGGUGCCCUUUGCGGCACGGCAUGCUUCAACCGUCGUGUCGACCGAACGCCAAAUCCAUCGACACAUGAUGAAGGCCGACAACGAUAACGCUGUCACAACACACCCGCAUAUCUUAGCCCUGUACGACGACUUUGUCCAACAUGGGUACGAGCACUUGGUGCUGGAGUACUGCGCCAACGGUGAACUGUUUGACGUCGUGGAGCAAUUGCCAAACGGACGGGUCGAGCCUACUGUCGCCAAGGCAUACUUCUCCCAAAUUUGCGAUGCCUUGCAGUUCAUGCAUGGCCGUGGCAUUGCCCACUGCGACUUGUCCUUGGAAAACGUAUUGGUGGAUGCCAAUGGAACGUUGAAAGUGAGCGACUUUGGCUUGUCCAUGGAGACCGACCAGCGUCGCGAUCAUGCCGUGGGCAAGUCAUUCUACAUGGCACCGGAAAUGCACUCGGGCGAGUCGUACGAUCCCGUGCUCGCGGAUGUGUGGUCCAUAGGUGUGAUGCUGUUCAUCAUGCUCACGGGAAGUCCACCAGUUGACUCGUCGGAAGUGUCCGACCCUGUCAUGCAGUUCGUCCACGAAAAAGGCUGGCGGUCCCUCGUGCACGAAUGGGACUUUGAUGACGUUGUUUCCGAAGACGCGCUCGACUUGAUGGAAAACAUCCUGCAAGUCGACCCGUUGAAACGGUGGACUCUUGCCCAGGUAGUGGCGCAUCCGUUCCUGCAAUCGUCGUCCAUGCCGCCUGUGACUCCAUCGGACGAAUCUCUCCUCAUCCACAAGCUCCACAACUCUUUAACCAUCGUGGAACAAUUACAAGUCCCUGCUGGCAUCGAAUUCCACCUAUAAUUUUCCUACAUUAAUUAAUCCUAUUUAAAACGGCUAUUUGAUUCCAAAAGUCAUCCCAUAUUGCCCAUUCAGAUUCCCACGAACCAAGUGUGGACGGUCGCUACACUUCUGGGUAUUCGAGCCAUUCGAGUCGAAUUCUCUGGCCUGGAUCGGUCGGGUCGCACACCAUGAGCUGGCUGGAAGAAGCUGCUGCCAUGGCCAAGCAGAAGCGGUCGAGAAAGACGAGGUGUUGGUGGAGAUGAUCAA